CAAAAAACCCCAAUUCAACACUAACAAAACCAUAAAAUUCAUAAUUGUGGACUAAAUUUAAACCCACCCAUUUUAUGAUUCGCGCAAUUUGCCAACAACUGAUAACUAAAAUUUUCAUCCACAAACCAAAUUACAAGUUUACAACCCUCAAACUAAUUCUUCCUCUUUUUCUCUGCUAUAUAUAAAUCCAGCUUUCUUCUGGGUUUUUGCAGCAAUUUCUCAAAGUGUUCAUCUUUCAAGUUUUAAGCUCUGCUUAGUUCAACAAUGGCUUCUUCUUCAACCAUUUAUUUCUUAGCUGUUACAACAACUACACCUGUCUCAAAUGGGUUAAGAAAUGGCCUACUUUCCCAUGUCAAGAAUUCAAGAGUUAUGCUCAAUGGCUUGAGAAUGGAGGAGAGAGAAAAUGAAGGGGUUUUUGCUGCUUCAAUGGCGGUAAGAGUGAAAUCAAGAUUUGGGUCUCUUAGAGGAGGUGGUGGUGCUGUUUUGGAACGACCCAGUUUUGAUCAGUCUCAAUUUGACCCUUCAACCCAAGUUGAAGAAGGAGGAGACAUUGGAAGGGUAAAGGAUAAGAAAGGUACUGGAAGUGGAGACAGUUACAGGGUUUUGCUGCUUGAUGAUGAGCGCCACACAGAAAAGCUUGUUUUGAAGGUAUUACCCCAGGCUGUUCCAUCAGUUACUCCAGACGAUGCAAGAAGAAUCUUCAGUGAAUCACGACAAAAUGGUGUAGCAGUGGUUAUUGUGGCUGUGAAGGAGCAUGCUGAAUUUUACUCUCAAAUGAUGAUCCGAGGAGGUCUACGAUCAUCUAUUGAACCAGAAUCAAAUACUGUAUGAACUUAACUGGGAGUGCUCGGAAUUUUUGUAGUGGCUCAUAUCCGAGUGUAUAGGAAUGUAGAAUUCAUAAGUAUAGCAUAUUUUUUGUAGCAUAUUAUCCUUGUCACCUAGCAAGAUAUUUGUUGCUAAUAUUGACUUCAAUAUUGAUAGUUGUGAAACUUUAUGAAGAAAUUUUUUGCUCUUGCUAGUGACAAUCUUGUAUGAGACACAGUUUUAAAUCAAGUUAAUGUGGGACAUAGUGGUUUUUAUGUUAUAAAGGUGACGUCUUAUUA